AUGCCUUCCUACGAUGACGAUUUGCCAACACCACAAGAAGAACUUUUACUUAAUCAAUUGAUUAAUAACACCGAUCGACAAGAACAAUUACAAGCAUUAAUUCAAGUAAAAAAUUUAAUUAUUGGUUCAAAACGAUGUAAAACAGCAUUUUAUCAUGUUGGUAUACUUGAUAAUUUGUACGAUUUACUUAAACAAUAUUCAUCACCAAUCGAUAUUGAUAUACUUAUUCAAAUAUUUGAUUGUAUAUCAUCAUUUGCCAAAUCAAAUAAUAAAGAUUUAAUUCAUCAUCUUAUUGAACUUGGAUUUAUUGAACAAUUUUUAAUAUUAUUAACGAAUAAGAUUGAUUCGAAACAUUUUUAUGAAUCAUGUCUUCGUUGUUUACGUUCAUUUUUUCUUUCGAAAACAUUUUCAAAUUCAUCUAUAACAUCAAUACCAUUUAUAUUUCUAUGUGAUCAAAAUAAAUCCGAAGAGAAACCUUCGGAAUUACAAUUAGAAAUAACUUUAUCGAAUAAUAAAUUUUCUCCAAUAAAUAUUCUAUUUGAAAAUUCUCAAACACUCGAUACACUUCAUAAUUUAUUAUCAAUAUCGAAAUCAACACAAAUAUCAAUUGUAGAAAUCUUAUGUUGUGUAUGUGUUGAUCAUGAAAGACAAAAACAAAUUGUAGAAAAAAAUUUUAUUCAAGAUAUUAUGCAUCUACUCGUAGAAAAUAUUUCAAUUAAUGAUAGAAUUCAUCAUCUAGUCGGUCUAGCUAAUGAACACCUUAUUGAAGUUUGUUUAAAAUUUUUCUGUUCAAUUUGUUACGAAAAUCCAACUAUUGCUCAACAAUUAUAUGUUACGAUCUAUUCUGAAACAAAUCAAACAUUAUGUGAAAUAAUAUCAAGUUUAUUAAAUAAAAUUCUUCGAUCUGUCAUAAUAUCUUAUUAUGCAUCUAAAUUUUUUGUUAAUCUUUGCAAAACAAAGGUGCUAGCAUGUGAUGAUCCAUAUGUAUCACAUUUAUCAUUAACAACACUUAUUCAUUUAUGUACGAAAUCAAAUAUAAAUAAAUGUGUUUAUUUAUAUAUUGAAUGUCUUGAUACACUUAUUUAUUUAUUAAAUGGGAAUAAUACAUUACAUCAUACAGCGAUAUAUACAGAACAAUUAUUAAAUAAAUUAUUUAUUUAUAUAUUUACACCAAAUAAAAUUCUUGAAAAUAAUUCCGAUGAAACAAUUUCGAUACAAUUACGUUCAUCUGCUUUAACAUUACUUGCAGUUCUUUCAUCACAUCAUGAAGAUAUUAAGAAGCGAAUUGCUGAACAAGAAAAUUUGAUUUCAACUGCAAUUGAAUGUUAUCGUUCACCUCAUAUAUCAUUACAAUUAGCAUCACUUCGUCUAUUUCAUGGUUUAUCACGAAGUGUUCAUCAACUUCGUACAACAUUUAAUGAUACAAUUUGUGAUAUUUUACUUGAUGCUAUUAAAUCAAAUGAUUUAUCUUUAGUUAAAAUAGCAUCAUCUGUUAUUAGUAAUACCGUACUGGAAUUUUCUACUUGUCGUGCAAGAUUGCUUUCUGGUGGUAUUCUUGAUAUACUUUUUACAUUUUUAACACAUACUGAUCAUGAAUUAUCAAUCAAUAGUAUAUGGGCUUUACGUAAUCUUUCAUAUUUAUCAACACUUAAAAUUAAACAAGAUAUUCUUAAUGGUUUAACAAUUGAUAAAAUUUAUUCAUUACUUGAACAAUGUACAGAUAAACAAUUUCUUAUUUGUUUAUUAUCUUUAUUACGUAAUCUUUUUAACGAAAAAGAUACAGAAAUAUUAUUACCAAUGUUUAAUUCAGUUAAAUUAUUAACAACUUUGGAAAGAAUACUUGAUAAAAAUCAUCCAGGAGAAAUUCGUCGUGAAGUUAAUUUAUUAAUUGAUCAUUUAAAUUCAAUUAAUAAUCCAUCUCAACAACGAUCAUCUUCAGAUUCAAUUAAUUCAUCUUGUCGAACAUCUCUCUUUCCUGAAUGUAUAUUAAUCAAUUAA